AUGGCGGAAUUAGGGACGUGUAAGGUCGCAGAAGCUCCAAAUAUGGCUCGAGCAACGAUUCAAAAGACUCUGGCGGCGUUCAAAAAAGAGGUCCAAGUGAUUGUCGAUGAGGUUGAGUACGACGAGCUGUUUGGGUACCAAUUGAGCAGAGGCGAAUUCUUUGAUGAAGAGGCUUAUGAACGGCUGCUCAUUAAGCUUUUGACAGCAUACGACUGGGACCUCCACGCCGCCGAAGACAGUCUUGAGAAGAUUCUGGAAUGGCGCAAGGAGUUUGACCCUUUAAGUGCUGCCUUUGUCGAGGAACAUGAGUCGAAAUAUGACGACAUUGGAUUUAUCACUUACGAUCCUAACGGCAAGGCGUUGGAGAAGGUAGUGACAUGGAAUCUUUACGGGAAGGUUAAGAAUGCCAAGGAGAUCUUUGGCAAUGACGAUUCUGACACUGCGGGCCAAAAUGCGUUCCUUCGAUGGCGGGUAGGCUUGAUGGAGCAAAGCGUGCAGCUUUUGGACUUCAAAAGCCCGGAAAACGACUACAUGGUGCAAGUGCACGAUUACAAGGGUGUUUCGCUCUUCCAGAGAGACGCACAGGUGAAGAAGACCACUAAGAAGGUCAUUGAGGUGUUCAGGGACUUCUAUCCGGAGUUGUUGUCCAAAAAGUUCUUUGUGAACGUUCCCACGCUGAUGAUGUGGGUUUUCAACGUGAUCAAGCCUUUUGUCGCCGAAAAGACGCGCAACAAGUUUGUUGUGUUAAGCAAUGGCUCCGAUCUUGUGAAACAUUUGGACCCGAAAAUGUUAGGGGCAGAGUACGGCGGCCAGGUCAGUAAGGGCACUCAGAGCCUCAAGUUCCUGUUCAAGGAAAUCCAAUCUAUGGAAUCAUACCCUCGCGACUCGCCGUCGCCUCGCCACACGCCAUCUCCACGCGGACGGUUGGAUUCCAUGUUCUACACGGGCGGGAGAUCGCAUAUUCCGUCGAGAUCCGUGUCGCCUCUGGAUGUGGACAGUCCUUCAAUAGAUAAAGAAAUACACCAGCACACGGAGCAGGAGGACCUUUCGCAGGUGACGUCGCGCAAUCCAGCGGCCGUGAUGGAGCUUGACCUGGACUGCAACGUCAAGUUUCUCAGCAAGACCUGGGAAUCCACAGUGGGAACCAAAAUUAGCAAGAUUAUAGGGCGGCCUCUGAGCAAUAUAAUACUGGGCGAAAUCGAGGACAAGCAGGUCUUUAACAAGGCCACAAGCAUUAUGAUGACCGACGACGACACCUACCGUGUGAGAUUUAUUGUUGCGACGAAUCUACAAAACGCCUCAAGAGAAUCGGAAAGCGCCGAUCAAGAAACCUAUUCCUCAGUUUCUGACGAUGACUCCGUGAGUGUGCACUCGGAAAACUCCAGCAUAUCGACAGACGGCAAUUGCAUCGAGCUGGAAGCUCAGGGCGUUCUGAUACACGACAAAAACUGCCAACCCUCGCAUUCAAUGUGGAUUGUCAAGCCGUGGGUGCCGUUUGCCGGCCAAACCCUGGCUCUUCCGGAAGAGCUGAUCUUGAGGCUUGGCUUUGGAAUCAACCUGUUUGAGACAUACUUGUUCCAACUGACUGAUAUGGGCAUAACUGACGAGGAAAACCUGCCGCCUCCCGCCCAAGAGCUUUGUCGCAUAUGCGAGCAGCGAGUGCCUAACUGGUGGUUGGAACGUCAUACAGAACUAUGCCUAGUGGAACACCGUGCAGAAGAUACCGUGCAACAAAAACAGGAAGAACUCAGCGAGCAUAGGAACCUGUUGCAAAAUGUCCUCGACACUCUCACGAAACGACAGUUGCAAAACUCGAAAACUCCGCCUUUGGUCCCUAUGAAUUCUAGCUCUUCGGUUUCCAGCAGCAGCAGCAGCUCUUCCAACAGCUCCUCGGGGAGCUUUGUGUCGAUAACCGAGUACAAAGGCCAUUCUAUUCCUCUUUCCGCGUCAAACGAAACUGGAAGUCUGAUGCGCCGAAAAAGUGUGGGCAGCCUGCUCCCCGCCAGAAGGUUCCCGUUCAAGAACCUGGAUAUUCUUAUCCAAUACUGCGAUGAAGCUUUGAAGAUAAAUCCUGGAGAGAUCCGCACCAACGACAAAAAGUCUGAUGAGUACACAAUCUCGUUCUCUCCCGACAGUGAACGUGCGCUCGCCACAUUAAACACAAUCGAAGUUCCCGAGUCCAGCGACCAAGCUAUAAAGUUGCUUACCGAGGACACAGACUUUAUUGUGAAGCAGAAGAUCGAGUCCAUUGAGAGGUACGCUCACAUACUGCAAUACGUGGAUAAAAUUACCAAAGAGACCGACGAGAUGGUCCUGAAUGUUGUCAAGGAAACGAUUCGAAAAAUACAAGAAGACGCUUUGGAAGAGCCUCUGCCUAUCCAGUCUCCAAGGCCCGCUUCCAAGCUACAAUCAGGAAAUAUUUUGGAGACAGAGAGCGAUUUGCGGUUGAAUUCCGUGUCUUCUAGUACUGGUACUUUUUCUCCAGCAUCUGAGGGCCAUUUGACACCAGCAAUCAGUGUUUCUGGGGACGAGUCUGCCAAGACAAUUCAACGCAAUAACUCUCCUGGAUACAACUCACCUCGCAGACCGCUUUCUCCUAGUAUUAUGCUUCCUAUGAGCUCGAUCCAACGCAACUCAAAAGCGCACAUGAAACGCCCUAGUGUCAAUUCUGGAUCGGGAUCAAAUACGCCAAUAUCCUCGCCGCUUUUCUUAUCGACUGAAGUUCCGUCUUCUUCUUCUUCUGCUGUUGACCGUCCACAACUAUCGCCAUUGCUCGUGCCUCAGAGUUCUAAACAGCCCGCCCCUUCUAUCAAAGACUACGAAGUGAUCAAGCCCAUCAGCAAAGGUGCUUUUGGUUCUGUGUUCCUUGCCAAGAGACGGUUGACCGGAGAAUACUUUGCUAUCAAGGUGCUCAAGAAAGCAGAUAUGGUGGCCAAGAACCAGGUUACAAAUGUGAAAGCCGAAAGGGCCAUUUUGAUGGCGCAAGCUAACUCGCCAUAUGUGGCUCAGCUUGUUGCAACGUUCCAGAGUAACAAUUAUUUGUACUUGGUGAUGGAAUAUCUCAACGGGGGUGAUCUGGCUACCCUUUUGAAGAAUAUGGGAUAUCUUCCUGAAAUUUGGGCACGGAGGUACAUUGCAGAGGUGAUUGUUGGUGUUGACGACUUGCAUUCCCGUGGUAUCGUCCACCGUGACCUAAAGCCAGAUAAUUUACUUAUCGAUCGCAACGGGCAUAUCAAGCUCACAGAUUUUGGUCUCAGUCGAAUGGGACUGGUCAAAAGACAGAAAGACCCUCAUUCGGACGUCAUUGAAGAUCCGUUUGUCAAUCCGCAAGCGGCUUCGUUGGUGACCAAGAAAACUGCGAGCAUCGCUCCGUUUUCGCUAUCGCCAUGUUCGCCGCUUGUUACACCGACAACAAGCUCACUUCCUUCAUUUGAGGACGUCGAGCCCGUGACUCUUGGAAGUGGCAGCUCAUCUCCUUUGCUACGCCCGCUGACCAGAAGAUCAACGUUGCAACCGUACUUCGCCCUUAAUAAGGAGGAUACGCAAACAGAAAUUACCAAUUAUGCUCUCUUCGAUCCUCAAAAGUCAGCAGAGACUCGAAAGUUUGUUGGAACGCCUGAUUAUCUAGCACCCGAGACGGUUGCUGGUUUGGGCCAAGAUGAAGCUAGUGAUUGGUGGUCUAUUGGAUGCAUCCUGUUUGAGUUUCUGUUCGGGGUUCCUCCAUUCGCUGGGAACAGUCCAAAGGAAGUUUUUGAAAAUAUUCUCCACGGCCAAAUCCAAUGGCCCAAUCUACCUCCCGAUGAAUUUCAGGAGUAUUGCUCUUUUGCUGCUAAAAACCUGAUUACCCAGCUGCUUGUGAAAGAUCCAACCCAGAGACUUGGAAGUGGUGGAUCUCAUGAAAUAAUGCAGCACCCUUAUUUCAAAGGCAUCAACUGGGAUACACUAUUCAUUGAGGAGGCCUCGUUUGUUCCGAGCAGCGUCGACCCGGAAUCCACUGAGUACUUUGACGACCGAGGAGCACAGCUCAGCGCAUUCCCUCAGGAGGAGCUCAACGAGGAUGACAAUCCAGAAGCAACACUGGACGCAAACACUCUGCCAGUCACGUCCAGCUCCUCUUCAACCACACUCGAUUCACCCAAAACCAGUUUCUCCAAGGGCUGUGUGACGGCACAAAGAGAAAGAAGGGGCUCAAGACUGAACGAUAGCGGCGGCUCUUCCGAAUUUGGCUCUUUCCACUUCAGAAACCUUGCCAUGCUGGAGAAGCAGAAUAAGGAUGUCAUCAACAGACUGAAAAAUGAGCAUAUCGAACACUUCGCGCCGUCCUCAAGCUCUAUGGAAAGCUCACCAUCGGCGCCUGCUACUCCUGGUGCCACAGUUGUUCCUCUGGCAACUCGUCCGCGUGGUCUGUCUUCUGCCAGUGGACAACUCUUGACCCCUUUCAAACGCCCAUCGUCUCCAAGUACUGUGAAAGAGAAAAUCUCGCCUCUUCUGCGCCACGCUUCCUUGGCUAGUGAUGCUUCUGAUGAGAUGAAACAGGGGUCUCCUGUGUCCCGUGCAGUGCACAGGAAGGGAUACAGCACCGAUUCAAACUCCCCUGCUGCACGUUUGUUGUCCAAGUCUUUCUCCAGGACAGUGAGUGACUUCUCACCUUCCUCGUCCGACAACGAGGACCGCUCGGGCCACUUGUACCAAAGAAGAAAACGAACAUCGAAACGGGCACUUCGCACCUCGUCAUCUGCUACAGACGAAGCCUCGCAUGCGCUACAGAACAUGAUGAUUAAUUUCGACGUUCUAUUGUGCGAGCCUAUUCCUAUUCAUCGUUACUCUAUCGAGAACAAUCUCAACCGUCUUGGCUGUGACGUUGUGGCUGUCUCUUCUGGGACUGAGCUAAUCAAACGGGCCACCGCAGACAUAAAAUUCGAUCUGAUCCUGACCUCGACAGAACUCCACAAGCUCGAUUGUCCUGACCUUGUCAAACUAAUUAAACAUACCUCCACUGCUAACUCGGAAACAAUAUGUGUUGCCCUGACAUCUUUCUACCGCGAUGCAGUCAACACGGGUGUCUUUGACUAUAUCAUCGAGUAUCCGAUCACCAUGGAGAAACUCAAGACUCUCCUGGACUGGUUCCGUUCACUGAAGCGGCGCGAGGAGGAGGUUAUUGUAACCGACACAGAGUGAUGGCUCUUCUAUAGUCUAAAUAAAUCAAGCGCCCUUUAUGAACUUGACUGUAGCUCCCAAGCUUAAUGCCAGCAACGCGAACAAUAUCAGUUGGCCGUUAUGUUUCGUUGGCUUGCACUCCUCAAUUGCCCUGUUCAGGCUGACGGCCAUGGCCUUAGACGAAAAGAGCUUCUCGACACGGUCCUGGGCCCGUUUGGCAAGUUGUUUAAGGUCAGUUUCCGUUAACGUCUGGACAUGUUCCAAGUACUCUACCCAGCGGUCUUCCACAAGCUCGACAAGGUACCCUGUGAACUCUUUGUUGUCAUACGGCACGAUAGUCUCGGUAGGGCCGCCGGUAGCUUCCGCAAGGACGGGUUUUCCAAGCCUCAUAGCCUCAACAGGAACAAUUCCAAAAUGCUCAAACGAGGGCGUGUAUAUCAACAGCUGAGAUCUGGCAAGAAGCGCAUUUUUGGUGGCGCUGCUGACCGAAGGCAGGAAAAAAACCUUUGUAUUUCUAGGAGCCACAAUGAGCUUUCCUCUGAUGGUGAUCGAAGGCAGGCUAAGUCUCUCGCAAAGUGACUCGAGCUCUAUCAAGUAAUGCACAUUUUCGAAUACACGGGGGUCGUACCCACCCGCGAUGACAAGCUUAUGAUCCGAUUCGGUCUUGGUAAUGAAUUCGUGGUAUUUUUUGAUUGCCAAGGAAAUGUUCUUUUUUCUCUCGAACCGAUUUAUGGACAGAAAGAAUGGACUCUCUUUGAAAAAGUUGUCCACCUCUUUGAGAGACGCCUCUUCUAGAGAGAGAUCGCCUACGCAGGGAUACACCACAUUGAAAGAUUCGGUUCUCAGGCUUUUGAAUUCUUUUUCAACCGUCUUUUUCGUGAACUCUGAGUUGACAAGUACCUUAUCUGCGAACCUCAUUGAAAACUCCUCUAUAGCAUCAAAUACCAACCUGUAGAUUUUUCUAAUUAGCCCCGAGUGGGACGCAAGCAGCUUAUCUGGGAAAUGGCAAU